AGCGAAUGAGGAAUGAGGAGGAAGCGAGCGACUAACCGUCGCUCAACGGCAACGCAGGCUUUGCACUACACACAGAAUACGCAGGUUGUGCGGAACUGUGCUGAGUUUGAGAGGCGAUCUGUCGGCACUAUAGAAUCGGGAACACGCGCAGCCAAAAGAUGGCGUUUGGGUGGGUUUAUCUCUGUCUGUCUGUCACGCUAGGAGGCUGCUUGGCACAGCUCUCUACGUCCUCCGACGGGCUGGCUGGUUCCACUGUCUCUGUGCUGGAGCUUUCCACCAUUACUUCACAAGCAAUGGUGCCAGAAAGCAACGCCCUGACGACCUCCAAUGGCACUGCAGCUACUCAAGGUCAGACUACAGAAGCCCCUUUUGUAGAUGAAAACAGCACCGCAAUAACAGAGAGAACGAACUCCUCAGUGGCAACAGUAAUCAACUACACCCCCCCAUCUGAGCCCAGCAGUACCACUGGAGCGAAGGCGACUGCAGCCAGGCGUGAAAGCGAUGCCCCUGCACGCAGCACCAAGAAGAAGACUACAUAUAAGAGUGACCACGUAACCGGUCCGUUUCCGGAUGUAUCUUUUGAUUACGAUUACAGUUACCUCCGACGCAUCGGCCUGGGCGUGGCGUUUGUGCUUUUUGUGAUGGGCAUCCUGGUCAUCGCAAGCAGCAGAGUGUCCAGGAUUCCGAAGUGCCGCACGACCUCGGGAAAGACCUACGAGGUGACCAGAGUUUGAGGAGAGGGACGAGGCCCGCGACCGCUCACCCCGGGGGGAACGGAGCAGAGGAAGGGAGCUGCAGGCUUCACGGGUUCGAGGAGCAGGCUGGGCGCUGUAAAUAUGUUUUAGCCGAAACUCCGGGGCUGUUACCGUGGCUCAGGGACCAGGACAACAGAAGCGCGGUGUCACGUUGCGCAAUUAACGUGUGACGAUUAGGGGAGAAAACAGAUCCAGUACUCAGGCAAAUUCAGAACAAGUUCAGCUGCCUUGAAGCCCUACCUUGAUUUUUCAAUAACUGGUUCAUGCUUCUGUGUUUCAUCAGCUAAAAUAUUUCAAAGCUUUUUUUUUUUUUUUUUUUUUUUUCCUUUUCCUGGUAUUCAGUGAGAUUGACGACUGGGGUGUAUUAAUCUAAUAAAAUUUGUGUUACCAAACGUGACGGCUUCUCACAGCUCUGAAGCGCCCCCAGGAGGAUGUUUGCCUGUACUGCAGCUUGAAAUGUGUCGCCUUGGAUUGUGUGUUGCUAUAAAUGCGGUCCUACGGGAAGGAUUUCAGGCUAAA